CACAAAGUCACGAUCUCAACCGGUGUUCUCUUUGACUUCGAGGUCGUUAACUUUUUGGGCCUUUGAGAGGUUGCUAAAAUCGUUGUAAUGGACGACGACGAUGCAUUCCUGUAUGGCGAGCCCAGCUUUCAAGCAGAGGCGCCAAAGGCAGAUUUAGCAACAAAUUCUGUGAUACAAGCAAUAUCAUUUGAAGCUGUGAAGGCAGUUUCAAAUGGCGUGGUCAAUGACCUCGAAGCCAAGGCCGAAGAAGAAGAAGAAGAACCGCCAUUCGGUCUGGGCGCGGACGAGUCUGAAACUGGGGAUGAUAAUGCUGCAGGGGAGGAAGAGUCUAGUGACGAAGAUGACAUUGAGAUCAUCAUGGACCAGCCUAUACGGUCUAUAGACAACCGGCCAAAUGUUCCUCCUCGGGCUCCUGCUUUAAACCGUUCCACAGGUGGUCCGCAGUCCACUCCCAACAGACCUCCCCCCACACACUCACAGUUAACCACCGAGUACACACCUCGUGACAGAAAUGUACCACCUUCAAAAGCACCUCUUGUUCAUUCAGCAGGCACAUCUCAAACACCCUCCGUGCCUCGAGAGUCGGUCUCUACUGCACCAGAACAGCUGGUGUUUCACGAAGGUCUGGACCCCUCAACUCUUCCUCCUGCUAUCGCACCACCUUCACAUCCUUCUAUAAAUCCGGAUAUGCCUGGCAUCCUUGAUGGUCACUCGAUACUUGAAGUUGACAUCAGCGCAAUGGCAGAAAAGCAGUGGCGACUUCCUGGGGCUGAUAUCAGCGACUGGUUCAACUAUGGAUUCGAUGAAAUCUCUUGGGAAGCAUACUGCUACAGAAGACGGGACUUGGGCGAACUUGCAAAUGUCCUCAAGACUAACGUACUCAAUUUCGCAGCUAUGCCAGAAGACCAGCUAAUAGCCUUACCCCCUGAACUCCGUACGAUGGUUAUGACGGGCGCCAACGCCAUGAUGAACACUGCCAGCCAGGGUAUGAUGGGACCAAGCGUCGGGAUGAAUCCUAUGAUGGAGAUGCCUGGCAUGGGACCUAUGAACAUGGGACCGAUGGGCAUGGGCAUGAAUGGCGAUAUGGGCAUGCAGAUGCAGCCGGGGGGUCCGUUGAUGCCAGAUGGCCCCGUCUCCGGCCAGGGUCCGGUAGGGCAGAACGGCACGCCGGAGCAGGGUGUGCAGAUGGGCAUGCAGGAUGGCUUCGGGCCGGGGAUGAUGGGCAUGGGUGGUGACUUCGGUAUGCAGCAGGAGCAAGGGCCGAUGGGACAGCCUAUGUAUCCCAACAUGGAGAGCAGUGCGACGCCAGCACCAGUCCCUGUGCAGACGCCGGUGCCUACACCAGCUCCUACAGCGCCUGCGCACAUGGGCCGUGGGGCACCCCCGGCACAAUUCAGAGGUCGUGCAAUGGCUCAAGGCCUACGCGGGAGGGGAGGCUUUGCUGGACGGGGACGAGGAUAUGGCGGAGCUCCAGUAGGACCUGUCCGCCCAGCCUCGCCGUUACCGCCCGGCGUGCCAACCGGUCCCCGUAACCAGAACAGGUAUAAAGACAGAGAUAACAAUGCACCUGCAGUCGAAGGUCUUGACUAUGGAGGCACGAUAAAGGACGUCGGAGGAAGGACGCCGUCAGGGGAGCCAGAAGACCGCCUUGGCCGGAAGCGGCGCCUUUCACCAGGUUUGGAUGACACUCGAGGAUCUAAAAGGCGCUGAGAUGCGCACAUAUGUAUACGCUCUCAUUAUUGUAUCUCACUCUUGACAUUGUGCAUGCUGUUAAUGCUGACGUGGAGUUUGUUGUUAA